AUGCCAUUUCUGUUUGUAGACAGUUUAGCUGAGAACAACUACAGUAGAUUUGUACAGAUCUCAGGCAAAAUCUUGGAGCUGCUGCUCUUAUCAAUGGGCCUCAUCUCCAGUGUUGUGGUGAUGAAAGAGGCAGUUUACGAGAUUGUUUUCUCCAGCCUUAUGGGAUUUUGGAAUUCCAUUACAUGCUUCCUGUCUUCUCCUCUCAGUAUCAUUUUCGCCAUCAAUCUCAUGGUCAUCCUCAUAUUAGCCUCCUCCGCCUUCUCCCGCCGCCGCCAACAACCCUACGACCAACACCAACAAACCACUACUCUUCUCGAUGUUGAUGUGGAUGAUCUUGUUGAACCACCACCGAUAUGGGACGAUGUUGUCGAAGCCACUCCUCCGCCACCACCACCACCAUAUGCACCACCGAUAUGGGACGUUGUCGAAGCCACUCAGCCACCACCAACAUCUGCACCGCCGAUAUGUGAUGCUGUCCCACAACCACCACCAUCUGCACCACCAAUAUGGGAUGUUGUCCAAGUCACUCCUCCGCCACAACCACCAUCAAGAAACAGCAGUAGCUCAACUUCUCUGCAGAGAUCAUCAGGUACAAGCUGGUACCAUGAUGCUUCUUCAACACAAGUGCUUGUCGGAAAAGCCACUCUUCCAUCUCCAAAAGAUCAACCCGAAGAAACUAGUACAGUAACAGCAGCAGUUCCUAAUCCUCUUGAAAAAUGGAAGGACGUAUUCGUUGAAGAAGAGGGUGAUAACACAUUAGAUGCCACUUGGGAGGCGAUAAUCGGAGGAGGAAAGCCUAAGCCCAAGUCCAAGCCCAAGCCCAAGCCCAAGCCCAUGCCCAAGAAGACACCUCUCAAGAAAAGCGAAACAUGGGAUGCGCCGCCGCCGCCGCCGCGCCGCCUGGACUCGGAGGAGGUGGUGCCGACGUCGCCUAAAUGGAGGGAGCUGAGGAAGGCGGAGACUUUCAACGAUGCAGUUUCAUUAACGCGCAGAGGAGGGCUGGUCCGAAGAGACCCUUCGAUGAGUCUUGAAGACUUCAACCGGAAAGUCGAGAGAUUCAUCAAGAAUUUCAACGACGGCAUCAGACUGCAGAGGCAAGAGUCUUAUAGGAGAUUCUUGGAUAUCAUCAACCAGAAACGUGCCUAG